CCUACUGUUCGCGUUUUUCCCCAUCGAAAGAAGGCAGCGGCGGCGACCGUGCGAGCGCGAGGCGAGCCUGAGUCGGCGGCUCGCGACCCCCUCCUCGCUGAAACUCGGUUGGACAACGUCGUCAUUCUCUCGCCAUUGGCUGCUGCGGCAAAACAAAUCCAGCGCCCAUCCCCUAACGAGGUCUCCCCUCCCAACCACUCCUCUCCCGUUCCCCCGGCGGCGGACGGCGGACGCGGUGGGGUUGACGGCCAACCACGGCUCAGAGCGCGCGGGAGGAGCAAACCGGGGCGCGCCGCAGCUUUUGAGAGCGAGAGAGGCUACUCACCCCUGUGCUCCAGAGGCGGUGAGUGAAUCAAGGCAACGAAUCCAUCCAUCCCCCACCGUCCAAUCCAUAGCUGUGGAAUUCGGCAUCCGCCACUGCCCUGUCAUCACCUAUUUUCAACAAGAAUCACAUAGUGGUGCUCCUGGGCCUUUGGAGGGUGGUCUAUGCAUACUAUCUCAAUCCCCUUCCAACCCUUAAGUGCGACCCAUACAAACAAACUGACAUCAUGGAGCAUUGAUGUCAGGAAUUCUGCUAGCUUUGUCAAGUUGCCGAGAAUUGGACUCAACAUUGGAAACAUAGUCAUGAGUGCCAAGCCGAAUUCUGGUUUCAGCUCAGAAACGGCCCAAGGAGAGAGUUGCACCGUUGGUGAGAAGGAUGGUGUGAUCAUUGUUGACCAUGGGUCACGGCGUGAAGAAUCCAAUCUCAUGCUAAAUGAUUUUGUUGCCAUGUUCAGGGCGAGGACCGGUUACAAGAUCGUUGAGCCUGCUCAUAUGGAGCUAGCUGAGCCUACUAUUAAAGAUGCAUUUGGAAAAUGUGUGCAACAAGGAGCGUCCCGUGUUAUUGUCAGUCCAUAUUUUCUUUCACCUGGACGACACUGGAAACAAGAUAUCCCUGCUUUAGCUGCGGAAGCAUCUAAGGAGCACUCAAACAUAACUUAUGUUGUCACUGCCCCUCUUGGAUUGCAUGAGCUUAUGGUGGAUGUUAUGAAUGAUCGCAUCAAGUACUGCCUGAGACACGUUGCAGGUAAUGUUGAGGAAUGUACAGUAUGUGCUGGAACUGGAAAAUGCCAACUGUACCCUUGAACACGAGUACCUGGGAGGUUACCUCAUUCUAUGUAAACGAUUCUAGGUACUCAAGUUUAAAUCCAAGUAAUUAAGGCCAUGGUAUCUCAACGCCAAUUUUUUCAUGCAAUCAACUAGGCCGGAGCUAUAUAUUUUUUUGGAUGAUUUGUUAAUCCAUCUACCUGCCAUCUACCAUGUAACAAUUUACUGAAAGAAAAAUGUACAGUACUUGUGGGCCGUGCUCUGUAUGGCCUGGAAUGAAGAAACUGUUACCUUUUGAUGGUUUUGGAGCUGAAAAA